UACUACAACAGCAGCCGCGGCUGCAGGGACGGGUCCAGCUGUCGCUACCCCCACGUCUGCAAGUACUUCCUGUCUGGCAGCUGCCGCUACGGCUCAGGGUGCAAACUCAGCCACUCGCUGGAGGGCGGCCCGUCACCGGGGGCAACCAGAACCGGUCCGGACCGAGCAGCGGCCAGCGACCCGAAGCUGACGGACGGCCGGUUCUUCCAGUGGCAGCUCUACGCCAGCGGCGGCUGGAAGGACAUUAGCAACGAUCACAUCAUCGAGGCUCAGUUCUCGCUGCCGCACAACCGGAGCAUCAAGAUCUACAACACGCCGUACGGGGCGGUGAGCAUCGACUUCCACAGGAUGAGAGUGUUGGGGAAGGAGCUGAAAGUGAGGCGUCUGGACGACGGCAACACCACCUGGAUCUGGUUCUGCACCCUGAAACGCAAGUGGAUCAAGUACGGAGACAAGGAUUCAAAAGGGAACCCGAGUUCGGUGAAGAACGCCGACAUCGAGGCAAAGUUUCAGGGGAACCCGCGAGGCUGCUUCGGCUUCAGCAUCGGUGCAAAAACCUUCGAGAUCAAAUUCACAGAAAUGCGGCAGGUGAGCACAAAGAGGAAGAGGAGAGUCACCCGGCGACCGCAAUACAGACAAAAGCAAAUCGGGACGGGAGUUGCUCCGCUAACAUUUGGCAUCGGGAACAUUUCUCUGGGCUCCAGACCUCAGUGGCAGUUCGAGGGAAGAGGGAAGUGGCACGAGUUCAAGCGCCGCGUACGUCGUCCGAGGAGUGAGACUUUAUGCAGACGAUGCGGCACUCCGACCGAGUCCUCGGUCACCUCCGCUGACCUGGAGACGAACUUCCAGCAGAACCGCACAGGGACCAUGGCCUUCACCGUUGGAGGACAACAGUACAAGCUGGACUUCGCAGCGAUGACCCAGACCAACCUGACGACCGGCCAGGCUCGCAGGAUCAGACGGGUCUAA